AUGGGGGUCGGAGUUCCCGUGGAUGCACACCCUGCGAAAGCACCAUCUCCAUCACCUGUGGAUGGUCGAGCUGUCUAUCUGGAAAAGCUCGAGCCUCGGCAUGCAGAUGAUCUGUGGGAGGCCCUUGGCCCUCAGGAGUACAGUGGCAUCUGGGACUACAUCCCUGACGGUCCAUUUCCCCACAAAGAGUCUUUCGUCCUAUUCAUUGAGCACAUUUCGCGGUCUGCAGACCCAUACCUAUACUGUCUAAUUGACAAGGCCCGCGGCAAAGCCGUUGGCUUCUUCUCGCUCAUGCGCAUCGACCAGAAGAACCGCGUCAUCGAGAUCGGGUAUGUUGUAUUCUCGCCGCUGUUGCAGCGCACUACUGCAGCCACGGAGGCUGUGUACCUACUCGCCAAGAAGAUUUUCGAGGAGUUGGACUACCGGCGUUUUGAGUGGAAAUGCAAUAACUUGAACGAGGCGUCAAAGCGUGCUGCGCUGCGCUAUGGUUUUACCUUCGAGGGUGUCUUUCGUCAACAUAUGAUUGUCAAGGGCCAUAAUCGGGAUACUGCUUGGUUCUCUAUCCUCGAUUCUGAAUGGCCAGCUGUGCGUGGUGCUUUUGAGAAGUGGCUAGACCCUAAGAAUUUCGAUGCCGACGGGAAGCAGAUCCAAAGUCUGGCCUCGUUGCGCGGCUAA